UGUCAAGUUGUAAAGCAUUAGCUCGUGAUCUGACAGGUGAUGAAGGCUCCACACGCCAGCGACAUCACGCCGGUCCACACUGGCGCCAUCUCCUUUCCUGCUUCAUAAUUGUCAGCAAGCUGCAAACUUUAGGCGUCAUUUACGGCGUCAUGUAUCAAAAUGAACGUGGUCAUUGCGCCGCCAGGGGAAAACACCAUUCAGCUGCUGCCCAUGCGGCAAACGGCUGAGGCCAAGGUUCACUCGGAGGAUUGGACAGGCGUGACCGGCGCGAAAGAGCGGCGGAAGUUGCAGAAUCGACUCAAUCAAAGAGCGCGCAGGCGGAGAUUGAGGCAACGAAACGACGCCGAGGGCGAUGCUCCCCUAUCAGGUAGCCAACAACCAGAAGAGAUCGACCAACUUGCAGUCACGCUCGGGGCACUGCACCUCGUGUCCCGUGAGGGGCAACCACAGUUGGUCCAGGGAAGAGGUCGAUCCAAGCCUUUUCUUCUCAGCGUAGGGGACGCGCCGAGCAGCGAGAGGACGCUGGAGCAGCUCAGGAGACAGGCCGAGCAGGCGUAUUUCAGCACGGGGAUGGGCAGCCCAGCGCACGGCAGCCUCACCACCAUUGUACGCUUCAAUGUAUUCGACGGCCUGGCACGCAACGCAGCACUGCUGCGAAUCGGGGACGAGUGGCUGAUGAAGCGCACGACUUCAAAGUUUUACAACCGACCAGCGUCGUCUGACACGUCACUGCCACCCAACAUGGUGCCUACACCACUGCAACGGUCGACACCUCACCAUCCUUGGAUUGACCUGUUGCCUUCGCCGAGGAUGCGCGACAACUUCUUGAUUGCUGCGCACUCUCUCGUGGGCACGGUCGACGAGGACUUGUUGUGUCGUGACAUUGUGGAUGUCGGGGCAGGUCACGGCGUGGAGCACGCAGCGUUGAUUGUGUGGGGUGACGCCUGGGACCAGAAAAGAUGGGAGGCGACCGAGGGCUUCAUCAACAGAUGGGGGUGGCUCCUUGCUGGGUGCCCUGAGAUUCUCGAGGGCACGAACGCGAGAAGAAGGGAGCGAGGGUUGAAGACGUUCCAGUUCAAAGUAUAGGGUAGCUCAGAGCAGCUGUCCCAGACCACGUUGCUGCCUGUGGCGCAGCGUCGUCAUCAAGCACGUCAGCCACACUCAGCUACUACGCUUUGGGACACCUUGCCCCUCCAAACUACCCCAACCAACCUUGCUAGCUGGCUCAGUGAACUCUCACAUGCCCAGUUU